AUGCAUGAUGAGCCUUCGUCAAACAUGCAUCUGGAAAUUGUAUACGGUACACCCCACGUUGAAGGCAGCGUGUCAGGCGAAUUACUAGCGUCCAAUCUUGAACUCAGCUUCUGGGGCGGUGUUGACCAUGUCACCGGAGAGGUGAUCGAUCGUUCCCACCCCUUGGUGCGGCAAUGUCUGAAAGACAAGAUACUGGCUAUCCCAGGUGGACGUGGAUCAUGUUCAGGGUCAGCAACGAUACUAGAACUAAUCAUGAACGGCAAUGGGCCGAGAGCAUUGAUUUUCGACCGUGCCAACGAGAUCCUUGCCGUUGGUCUUUUUGUCGCGGAAGAAGUGUUCGGGAAGAAGAUACCUAUGCUGAUCGUAGAUCCUGAAGACUUCAAAACCAUACUGGGCUGGAACAAAAGGAUAAUCUUCAUUCAAGAUCACUGCAUUUCGACACGACAGUUGGAGACAAGCACAGGAGACCACUAUAAAGCCUUGAGCCCUGAACACGUUCGACCUCACACACCGGGGCUUUCGGGACUUGACAAAGCCAUGCUCGAAGGUAACUGCGAUGAGAAAAGCGGGUACACUAAGGCUCACGAGCUAGCUAUGAGGAUCAUCAUUCGGACAGCAUCCAUCAUGAAAGCUCCUUCAUUGAUAUCUGUAUGUCAAGCACAUGUAGACGGCGCUCACUUUGGGCCAGCAUCCGUCUUUUUUGGCAAACGGCUUCGCGACUUGGGUGGCAAGUUCACGGUGCCCACUACUGUGAAUGCUAUUACUGUCGACCGACAACGUUGGCGAGACUUGGGAGUUGACACAGGCUUCGGCAUAGAGAGUGAUGAGCUGGCAAAGGUUUUUCUCGACAUGGGUGCUCAGAUGUCGUUCACAUGUGCGCCUUAUCAGCUUGAUUCAGCACCGAAGCUCGGCGACCAAGUUGCGUUUGGAGAAUCUAAUGUUGUGUGCUAUUCGAACAGCGUUCUUGGUUCAAGAACAGCUAAAUAUCCAAAUAUGCUCGAAACACUCAUCGCUCUGACCGGUCGCGCUCCUCUAGCUAGCAUCCACUUGACUAAGAACAGGGUACCGGAGAUCUCUAUCUUCGCACCUUCAUUCAACCAAGUUCGCGAACCGCCAAUUGACGACUCCUUUUGGCCACUACUCGGCUACAAGAUUGGCGCUAAAGCAGGCUCACGUAUUCCUAUCAUCACCGGCUUUAAAUCCAUAGAGCGCCCACCAUCUCGAGAUGCUUUGAAAGCCUUCUCGGCUGCGUUCGCUACCAGUGCUGGAGCACCCAUGUUCCAUAUGCUCGGCGUCACACCGGAAGCCGAGCAAUAUGCAGGCCUACUAGAGUCUGACGCGUUGCAGCCAAAGAUCAGCAUCACUUGGCAGGACUUGAAAGAUACGUGGACAGCUUUCAAUCAAGAUUCCGAUUCCAAAGUCCUUCCUCGAACGGUAGAUCUUGUGUCCCUUGGUAACCCUCACUUCUCGCUCCUCGAGCUCAAAUCGCUUGCCCAACUCGUCCACGGACGUACUAAACAUCCUUCCACUUCUGUAAUCGUAACGACAUCGAGGGCACAGCACAGUCUUGCGACGCAAGCGGGCUACAUCACGCAGCUGGACGAGUUUGGUAUCCAGGUGCUAACGGACACGUGUUGGUGUUUCAUCCGUGAUCCAGUGAUCAAGAAGGAGGCAAGAUGCAUCAUGACAAAUUCAGGGAAGUAUGCGCACUACGGGCCCGGUCUUACGGGCCGAGAGUUCUGUUUUGGAAGCUUAUUGGAAUGUAUUGAGAGUGCUUGCAUAGGGCGAUGGGAAGCAAAGGUGCCAGAGUGGCUACACGUCGGUGUACAGAAUUCUCCAUAA